GGCACAUCGGCAGCAGACCUUGAAGCACUUUGUUUGUGCCAAAUCAUUACCACUUGCCACAUGAGUCUAAAUCAUGACGGAUGCCAAGUACGUCCUCUGCAGAUGGGAAGAGCGAUUAUGGCCUGCAAAGGUUUUGGACGGACCCAAGACUUCAACAAACGACAAGGGAGAAAAGGAAUUCUUUCUAGAUGUUCAGAUACUCUCGCUAGAUGAAAAAAUUAAGGUGAAAAGCACAGAAGUUGAGACCCUGAAGAAGUCUCAGAUUGAGAACAUUGCUUCACUCUUGGCAUCGCAGAGGGAAGUCCCCACCGCGCCCCUGAAGGAGCUGACCUACAGACGCUCACUGCGGGUGGCCCUGGAUAUUUUGAAUGAGAGAAGCAGUUUGAGUCUGGAAAGCACCUCAAGGCAAAACAGAUCUGCUCGGUGUGGAAGGGAGAACGAGCCCACCGAAGCAGCCUCCUCGCUCCGUAACACUCUCUGUUCUCCCGUCCGUGAAGAUGUGUCAGCCAGUUCUGGUCGGUCCGCUUGUGAAAAACAUCCUGAGCUCAAGGUGGACCACGAGAAGGGGCUGGGGAGAAGUGAAACCCCGGGGGCCCUGUCAGCGGCUUCAGCUGGAGCUGGCCCUCAGGAUGGGAGCGGGUGGAGGAGCCGCACAGGUCACACCGUCACCAGGAGGAGGGGGAAGAGUGCGGCCCAGAGGUCCAGCCAGUGCCAGGAGGCACCUGCCCUUUUGGGGGUGCAGAGCGAGGAGCAGAACACAGGCCGGGCCUCGCUGCCCCAAGCCCGGGAGGAUGAUCCAUGUGCCCGAGCCGAGGGACAUGACCCCGGUUUACCAUCGGGCAGCCUCACAGUCCCGGCCCCGGAGAGGGCUGAGGGGCACCUGGCGAAGAGGCUGUGUCUGAAGCCACCUGCCACACAGCUGGAGCUGGAGCUGUCCCCCAGGCUGCGGCCCCAGGGGUACAUGAUUCUGCGCAGUGCUGCUAGCAGCCCUUGUCCCUCAGACACCCUGGUGGAGGACUCGCAGCCCCCUCGGCUCCUGGACAGUGGCGGCAACAGUCUGGAGGAAGACCCUCAAGCUUCUCAGGAGCGCACGGAGUUUAAUUCCCACAACUCCACCCUGGAUGAAGAGGAGGAAGAUGAGGAACCUCCCAGAAUCCUUUUCUAUCACGAACCACGGUCGUUUGAAGUAGGAAUGCUAGUCUGGCUUAAAUACCAAAAAUACCCCUUCUGGCCUGCAGUGGUGAAAAGCGUGAAGCGGCGGGAGAAGAAAGCAAGCGUGCUCUUCAUCGAGAAGGACAUGAACCCCAAAGGGCGCGGCAUUACUGUGUCACUCAGAAGACUGAAGCACUUUGACUGUAAGGAGAAGCAGGCACUGCUGGACAAAGCCAAAGAGGACUUCGACCAGGCCAUUGGCUGCUGCAUCUCCCUCAUCACUGACUACCGGGUGCGGCUAGGUUGCGGCUCUUUCGCUGGCUCCUUCCUGGAAUAUUUUGCUGCCGACAUCAGUUACCCUGUCCGGAAAUCCAUCCAGCAAGACGCCGAGGGGACCAGGUUCCCCCAGCUGAGCAGCGGGGACCCCGAGGAGCCUGAGGGCAGCAGCCCCCUGGGGUGGAGGCGGCCCUGCAGGAAAGUGCUGCCUGAUCGCUCGCGGGCUGCCCGGGACCGCGCCAACCAGAAGCUGGUGGAAUACAUCGUGAAGGCCCGAGGCACCGAGAGCCACCUUCAUGCCAUCCUGAAGAGUGGCAAGCCGUCUCGGUGGCUGAAGAUGUUCCUGAGCUCGGGCCAGUACGUGACAUGCAUGGAGACAUACCUGGAGGAUGAGGAGCAGCUGGACCACGUGGUGAAGUACCUGCAGGGCGUCUACCAGGACAUGGACGGCGAGAAGCUGGUGCGGGCCAGCGGCGACCGCAUCCGCUUCAUCCUGGAUGUGUUGCUUCCCGAGGCCAUCAUCUGCGCCAUCUCUGCUGUGGACGCAGUGGACUACAAGACGGCUGAGGAGAAGUACCUAAAGGGACCAUCGCUCGGCUACCGGGAAAAACAAAUAUUCGAUAAUCAGGUCCUGGAGGAACGGAGUCGGCGCCACCGGUGAUGCACACACACCCACACACCCGAGCUGAGGCACACGGCCCAGGAGUGGCUGGCACGGCGACACCCCCUCCUGUGUGAGGGCUGCUCUAGGACACAGGGACCCCGGGGUCUGUUAGGUGCCUAUGGCCCCAACCCUUGCAAUCACAGCCUGAGGAGGUUUCAUCAGAGCCAGCGAAAGCCAGUCCCUGUGUUGGUGUUUUCCAGAAUAUACAUAUCCUGAGAUUGUUUAAAGAGGAUGAAUCUGUUUAUUGUAUGCCAUCCCAUCCAUUGUGACUGUAUAGUUUGAUAUGAAUUGCACACAUAUUUUAUGUCAUACAUCACAUCCAGUAUUAAAUGGGAGUUUUUAGAAAGCGUCUGAUGUGGCUGGGUCACGGGUGGCUGCGGAGCAUUCAUGUGUCUUUUGGUGUGGUUUGUCAUGGUCCCCUGUGUGAUCCCCCGGCCCACUUCUGGGGUCUACUGUGCCACCCGUGCUGUCUCUGUGACUGCAGCACCAAAGGCCAGCGCUGCUGGGACGUCAUGUGCAGGGGAGGGCAGGAGACUGAGCCUGAAGCUGGACGCCAAGGUUGCCCUAGGCCCCCUGCCCCCUGGCUAUGGUGUCACUGCACGGCCAGCGUCUUUGUAUGCUACCUGGACAGCUACUGUGGGAUCCCAGAGUGGCCUCCUCCACACUGUGUCAUAACAGGAGCUGUGGACCAGACGGUGUAGUGUGAGAAAAACCUGUUGGUCCUGGCCAUGGCCCCUGCAGCAGUGAGGCUUUUCUAGCCACAGCAUGGGGAGAAGGACUUGGGUUCAGGGCAGCCCCACUGCCACGUGGUCCACGGGCUCUGGAACAGUCAGGGCCACGGCUCCAUGAAGUAUCCUGGCCGAUGCUCCUGGCUCCUCUGUGUGAAGUCAGUGUGGCCAAGGGAGAUUUCAGAUUAUGGUGGAGACAAAGGCCAUCUGCCCCUGCCAGAUGUGGUUAUUGUCCCUCUGCUGAGUUGUGUCUGUCCCCUCUGGAGAUGGCUUUGUGAGGUUGGGACCUCUUCCCCAAUGCCCCCCUCACUCUGUGCCAGGGGUGCGGAGGAAACGGCUAGAGAUAGCAGUGUGGUCCCUGUCUGUUCCUUAAGAGAGUGUGUUGUGCCCGGGCCGCCCAUCCCCGCUACCGGGGGUAUGGAAUAGGGUGGCUCUGUGUCCCAGCCUCCCGGCCUGAGGAUGCUCCACUGGCCCAUUUCAUGGCAGUCGAUUUUGCUGGGAUCUCCAAGGGGAGAUGGAGACUGAAUUGAGAACGCAAGGCUGGCCCGGCUGAGCUGUUCUGCCUCCAGCCACCUGCAGGGUCCACCUCCCGGGCAGGGGCUCGGGGGAGCAUCGUAAGCCCGUGCUGGUCACUUUGCUCCGUCCUCCCUGAGGAGGGGCUGCCUCCCUCUCACCCUCCUUCCUGGGAAAGCUUGCCCCGUUGGCCGCAGGGACCUGGACCUGGGUUUCCUGUCUGUGCUGCUCAGUAGCCAGUGCCUCAUCCAAACACCCAUGACGUCCUGGCAGGCAAGGUCCUGUGAAAAGUCUCUGUGGGUGAUUGCUGCUGUCGCAAAGUCUGUGUGUUUGUUUUGUUUUUUUAGCACUAAGGAUUGGUUCCAUGGCUUUGCUUCACGCUGAGCUGCAUCCCCAGCCCUUUAUUUUUAUUUUUUGGUACCAAGGAUCAAACUCGCGUCCUUGAGCUUGCGUGGCAGUCCCCAGAACCACUGAGCUAAAUCCCCAGCCCCAGCUCUUUAUUUUUUAUUUUGAAACAGUCUUGCUGAGUUGCUCACGCCAGGCUCAAACUUGAUCCUCCUGCCUCAGCCUUCUAUAGUGUUAGAUUUACCUGUGUACGCCAUGGCACCCAGAUGUGUCAUGAAGUAUUUCUAUACCUCCAUCUCUGGGGCCUCCCUAUGUCCUGAGGAUCGGAUUGUCUAGCCCUUACAACUUGAAU